AUGAAAUUGCAGAGAAAUUCACGAAAUCAACUAUUUUACUUUACACCUGCAUUCAUUCUCUUGUUAUUCAUUAUUUUUUGCUUGACCCCAAGGACUCUUACAUUGUCUUCGCCGAGCCAGUUAGCAACGACGCAUCAAGGAUCGGGGGAGGAAGAGCCAGAAGCUAAUAAUGUUUCUGAGGACCCAAAUUACUGUGCUGUACGUUUUCGAAGAUCUCAUUACCUUUAUAAAGCCUUUCCUUCAGGUCUCAUUAGUGAUGCCUGCUGUGAUUAUGAAACCGUGGAUCGAAUUAAUGCAGAUAUUUAUCCAAAACUACAUGAGCUCAUAAAAACCGACUUUUUCAAAUACUACAAGCUUAAUUUAUUUAAAGAAUGUCCUUUUUGGAUUGAAAAUGGCCAAUGUAUGAAUCGUGCUUGUUCAGUAGAAACUAUGGAUAAGACUGACAUACCGGACAUUUACAAGAGUGAUGUGCUUGGUGCAUUAAAGACUUCACCUGCCGGUCCGCUUUUUCAGCCUUUUGAAAAAUGCGAAUUCACGGACCGAGAUUUUUGUGUGGUCGAGGAUGAAAACGAUGGUGUCUUUGUCAAUCUACAAGACAAUCCUGAACGAUUCACCGGCUAUGCUGGACCAUCUGCCGGUCGAGUCUGGAAAUCGAUAUAUGAAGAAAACUGUUUUAAUAUCGUGCACCAACUGGACCCGUCACGCAAAAACAAAAUUUCUCACACUUCAUCAAUAAGCAAAAAUCAGUUAUCGAAUAUAAUGUCAAGCAUUGAUCAAAAUGAUGAUGAAAACGACAGUGAUGAUGUCUGUUUUGAAAAAAGAGUUUAUUACCGUUUGAUAUCAGGACUCCACUCUUCUAUAUCUAUACAUAUAUGUGAUGAAUAUCUAAACCAAACCACCGGAGAAUGGAGACCGAACCUUGAUUGUUUUAUUUCUCGUAUCGGCUCUCACCCAGAACGAAUUCAAAAUGUUUACUUCAACUACGUUGUUCUCUUACGAGCAAUCUCAAAGUUGUCUCCCUAUUUAAGGGGAUACGAAUUUUGCGCAGGCGGUGGCAGGGAUGAAGAUACAAAAGUAAAGAAUAUGGUCACCGAGCUUACGAAUGCUGCAGUAUCUUGUCACGGAACCUUUGAUGAGAAAUUAAUGUUUGCUUCUGACGAAUCUCGAUUAUUAAAAGAGGAAUUCAAAAAUCACUUUAGAAAUGUCUCUCGUAUAAUGGAUUGUGUUGGAUGUGAUAAAUGCCGAUUAUGGGGAAAAUUGCAAAUAUCUGGUGUUGGCACAGCAUUAAAAGUUCUUUUUUCAUACGAUGAUCAAUAUCUUAAUCCAUCUUCGAAUCCAAAUCUACUAACUCGAACCGAAAUCGUAGCUCUUUUCAACACAUUUAAUCGAUUUUCCGAGAGUAUCAUUGCAAUAAAACGAUUCCGAAAACUGUAUCACGAACGUGUGAAAGCUCAAACUAAAGACCAUACUGAUGACAUAACUACUACUGCAACUACAACUUCCGCCUCCACGAAAACAAAUAACACGUCACAGCAACCUACGCAACUUACGGCGCAUCACCACAUUAUCGAAUUCGUAUCCUCACUUAAAGAUAUCAUCAUUCCAUACGCGAAAAGUUUGUCAACCUUCAUAAUUCGCCAACUCGAACAUUGGCAUAUUCCCAUGCCGUCUGGGAUCUCAGUCAUAGAUUAA